AUGCCAGCCAGCAAAGGGCAGAGACUCCUUCACUUGGGUUUAUGGCUCUCAUUGUGUGUUUUCAUGCCUCUCUUUCAAGGGGGUCUGGGCAAUGGUAAAACUUGGACUCGAGCCAUGGGUCCAGCAGCUCCCGUCUGGAAUGAUUAUAAAUUGCACUGGGAUCCAAAGGAAUAUGAUGGCAUUAAGACGCUUCAUGUCCCAGCAGAUAAGAUUUGGAAGCCUGACAUUGUUCUCUAUAACAAUGCUGUUGGUGACUUCCAAGUUGAAGGCAAGACAAAAGCACUUCUUAAAUAUAAUUGCACCAUCACCUGGACUCCCCCAGCUAUUUUUAAGAGUUCCUGUCAUAUGGAUAUCACCUUUUUCCCUUUUGAUCAUCAAAACUGUUUCCUGAAAUUUGGUUCCUGGACAUAUGACAAAGCUGAAAUUGACCUCCCAAUCAUUGGCUCUAAAGUGGAUAUGAAUGAAUUUUGGGAAAACAGUGAAGGGGAAAUUGUUGAUGCUUCUGGUUACAAGCAUGACAUCAAAUACAACUGUUGUGAAGAGAUAUACACAGAUAUAACCUAUUCCUUUUAUAUUAGGAGAUUGCCAAUGUUUUACACCAUUAAUCUGAUCAUCCCCUGCCUCUUUAUUUCAUUUCUAACUGUGUUGGUCUUUUAUCUUCCUUCACACUCUGGUGAAAAAGUGAUGCUUUGCAUUUCAGUUCUACUUUCUCUGACUGUGUUUUUGCUGGUAAUUACAGAAACCAUCCCCUCCACAUCCCUCAUGAUCCCACUGGUGGGUGAGUAUCUGCUGUUCACCAUGAUCUUUGUUACUCUGUCCAUUGUGGUGACUGUGUUUGUGUUGAACAUACACUACCACACCCCAGCAACACACAUUAUGCCCAAGUGAGUAAAGACAAUUUUCCUCCAGCUGUGCCCUCAUGUCCUAAUAAUGAGGCAGCCUGUGGACAGGAUGAUGGAGACAAGUUCUGCUAAAAACCCCAAUGGCCUUUCUAGUAGGCCUGCCAAGGUCAAGUUUGUAAAUCACAGAGGACCCAAACUUCUUAAGGAAUGAUGUCACUGUCAGAAGUCAAGUGAAUUAGCCACCACCAAGGGAAGGUCAAGUCAUCAGCCUCCACAGUGGAUAACCAAAAAUUCAGAGCAUUUUCUGGAGGUGGAAGAUGUGAUUAAUAGCAUUCAAUUCAUAGCAGAAAACAUGAAGAGCCACAAUGAAACAAAAGAGGUAGAAGAUGACUGGAAAUAUGUGGCCAUGGUGCUUGAUAGACUAUUUCUUUGGGUAUUUAUAAUUGUCUGGUUUGGAACUGCAGGGCUAUUUCUACAGCCACUGCUUGGGAGUACGAGAAAAUCUUAA